AUGCGCUCUCAAUUGACCCGCAAUGUAUUUCGCAGACUCAUUUCCGGAAGAGGGUUAUUUUGCUAUUGCCCUCAUAACCCCAACCCGUUGUUGAUUUAUCGCAAACAAAAUACCAAUCACCAUACAGUGCCACUAUGGUCUCAGCGAACUCUUUUUGCCUUCGCGAAGCAGAUAGCCCGAGAGCCCAAGAAUCCCUCAAUUACACCAGGACUACCCAAAAUGAUGGAACUCUCUCGCAUGGAAAAAAUCGGAGCCAGGCCACCGCCCCCAAAUGAAUUAAAGAUAUCAUGGCAAGAAUUCUUUGGAUAUAAGUUGCGAAAUAAAGAAACUAUCAAUGGUCUGCAAGCCGAGCAUGCUUGGCGUACUUUUAAUUAUCUUAAGAAAUUUAGCUCAAGUAAAACGCGGGACAAGUUGGAAAUUUCAGAGCUCAGAAUUGCUAUUUGUGCUCUUCGGCGUUUGCCUGAGGAAGAGAUUGACCACCAUAACCAGCUUUCAAAGGCAUUAUUCAGCGAGCUCCAAGAAGAUAAUGAAGAUCUGUUCCAGAAGAUUCAAAAUCUAGAAUGCUUUGUCGAGACACUCUCGCUAUCCGGUGAUUCCUCCGAGGCACUGAAGCUGCUUAAUACAUUCAUGUUGGAAAGGAAAAAUUACCUAGCAUCAGAGGAUAUGGAGGUAGCCAGCUAUAACACGGACAAACUAUGGCUUUAUGUUCUCAAAGGUUUCUCAAAAGAGCAGAAUGCAGUGGAAUUACUACACACGCUUGACUUGGCUAAAACACACGGUUCGCUCUAUGAUUCAGCGAAACAUGAAAUCAUCACAACAUUUUUUGCGGAAAAGAAUGAUAUCGAACAGACAAAACGCUGGUUCAAUGAGCCAAUAAUAUGUAACGGUGAUUCUUCGCCACAAUCCCGAACCUUGGCUGCUAUCAUGCAAUUUUGCAUCCGCAAUGAUGAGCUCGAAUGGUGUCAAGAAGUCUUUAAGAAUGCUCUAUCCCUCAACUCAACCAAUGGCACCUGGGAUGUGGUCCUUCAAUGGGCUGCCGGAGUAAUGGGAAAGGGAGUUGAAGAUUUGGAAAGUAUGAUAAAGCUCAUGGUUGAACGUAAUCGCGACAAUAAGGUCAAAUGGCCCAAUAGUUCUACCUUCAAUGGGCUCGUAAGUCUAGCCAUUUCAAAUAAUGACCCUUAUCUCGCCGAAAGAUAUCUAUCCCUCGGCCUUCGUUUUGGAAUUAGGCCUGACGCGCACACCUUUAUUCUUCAAAUGAACUACCGGACUGAUGCCGGGGAUCUUCGGGGUGCUCAAGCAGCCUAUGAUGCCCUCCAGGCAGAAGAGGUCUUACAUGACGAAGAUCUGCCGUCGAUAAACAAAUAUAUUCGCGCAGCUUGUGCCUGUAAAGAGCCAGACCUUCAUCUAAUCAAGUCGGUAAUUGCUGAUCUUGAUGAACGUGGUAAGGGCCUUAGAGCUUCUACUGUCUCAGAAAUUGCUAUAGUUUACCUCACCCAGCGCGAGAUUGAUGAUCUUGUCGAUAUCUUACAAACCAACAUUUACCAUUAUACAUUAUCUGAGCGAGGGCUUAUUCGUGAUUAUUUUGUUAGUUUUAUUUGCGACCGUAAAAAUUCUACUUUGAAAGCUUGGGAUGCGUACAAUAUAUUGCGACAGUUUUUCGACGAAACAAAUACAGAACAGCGGACGCAAAUCAUGAACUCUUUUUUUGAGAGAAGCCGAUGUGAUAUGGCAUGCCACACCUUCGGACAUAUGCGUCAAAAUAACAUUCCUGAUCGCAAGCCCGUACUGGAAACAUACGUUGCUUGUUUUGAGGGGAUCGCCAGAUUAUCUGAUAGUGAGUAUGCAGAUGUAAUAUACGACAUGCUUAAGCUAGAUGCAAAUAUUGAGCCUAAUACCAAGCUAUACAACGCACUUAUGCUCGCGUAUACUAGUAUUUGUGAUGGCCAUCGAGCGAUUUCAUUCUGGAACGAUAUAGUAAAUCGACUUGAAGGGCCCAACUACAAAAGUCUCGAAAUAGUAUUGUGGGCAUGUCAAGAUUUGAACGUUGGAAGCCAUACAGCACGAGAGAUAUGGGCAAUGAUGAAGCGAAUGGGCGUUAGCAUUACUAGGCCAAUAUUUUCUGAGUAUAUGGGGUCACUUGCUCGCGAUGGGCACUGGGCCGAGGUCAAAUCAAUGAUGAGUCGAAUGGAGCAAGAAUACUGCUUAAAACCAGAUGUAAGAAUGCUUGGCACAAUCUAUAAUUGUUUACCAGGAGAAUCCUCACAAGAUAUGAUGCAAGCAUGGGCUGAGGAGUAUUUCCCGGAAAUUUGGGCAGAGCUGUGGAAUAUUGGUCGGAGAAUGGUGCGGCACAAGAUAUAUCCCGAAAUCAGAAUGCGGCAAUUCAAUUUGAAGCGGGACUUCAAGGCAUCCUAA